CAUGAAGUUAGCCACAGUCAUCUGUCAGGACGCCAUUGUUAUUGUGAAAAUUUUGUUGUCGCGAGCUACAGUGUUCUUUGUCUUUCCGUACAGUUUAUAAUAUUAUAUUUAAUAUUAAGAAAAAUUAUACGUGCGUAUAAUUGUAAAUUGAACGGACGCAAAACAUCGUAAUGGGUCUUAUUUGUUCUACGGCGCAGCUUGCUUGCCUUUGUGGAAGCACAGCUUGUAGCUUUUGCUGUUCCCAAUGUCCUACAUGUCGCAACAGUACAAGUACUCGUAUUAUGUAUGCAUUAUUAUUAAUGCUGGGAACAAUUGCUGCUUGCAUUACAUUGGCACCUGGUUUACAGGAUGCACUUAAAAAGGUUCCAUUUUGUAAUACUAAUAGUUCGAACUAUAUGCCAUCAGACUUUACUAUUGAUUGUCAGUCUGCUGUUGGAUACUUGGCAGUGUAUAGAAUAUGUUUCAUUAUAGCUCUUUACUUUUUCCUAAUGUCAAUCAUGAUGAUAAGAGUAAGAAGUUCUAAAGAUCCUCGGGCACCUAUACAAAAUGGAUUCUGGGCCAUUAAAUAUCUUUUAAUAAUUGGUGGAAUUAUUGGUGCUUUCUUUAUACCUGAAAGAUCAUUUGGAAUAACAUGGAUGUAUUUUGGUAUGAUAGGUGGUUUUCUUUUUAUUAUUAUUCAAUUGAUUCUGAUCGUUGAUUUUGCCCAUACAUGGGCAGAUAACUGGGUAGGGAAUUAUGAAGAAACUGAAUCAAAAGGAUGGUAUGCUGCACUUUUGGGAGCAACGUUAUUUAAUUAUGCUGUUGCUAUUACUGGAAUUGUUCUACUGUUCAUAUACUUUACACAUGCAGAUAGUUGCGAUUUGAACAAGUUUUUCAUAUCUUUCAACCUGAUUUUGUGUGUAAUUGUUAGUACUAUAUCAACUCUUCCACAUGUGCAAGAACAUAAUCCACGAUCUGGGCUUCUUCAAUCUUCUAUUGUAUCACUAUAUGUUGUUUAUUUAACUUGGAGUGGAAUUUCAAACAAUUCCGAUCAUGAAUGUAAUCCUGGAUUUUUAGAAAUAAUUUCUGGUAAUGAUGCUAAUGCACGAAAUCGUGUUGCCUUUGAUAAGGAAAGCAUUAUUGGAUUAAUUAUUUGGUUUAGCUGUGUAUUAUAUAGUUCUUUACGCACUGCAUCUAAGUCAUCAAAGAUCACAAUGUCUGAAAACAUUUUGGUCAAGGAUAAUGGAGCUGUCAGGAAUGCAGGAGACCAAAGUCUUAUCGGCAAUGAAGAUUAUACUCCGGUAGAAGGUCGCAAUGUUGAUUCAGAGGCUGGAAAUGAAGCUAAAGUUUGGGAUAAUGAAGAAGAUGCUGUAGCUUAUAAUUGGAGUUUCUUCCAUCUCAUGUUUGCUCUUGCCACUUUAUAUGUUAUGAUGACUCUUACUAAUUGGUAUCAACCAAAUUCCAAUUUGGAUACCUUGAACUCUAAUAAUGCUUCAAUGUGGGUAAAAAUUAUAUCAUCUUGGAUGUGCUUAGGGCUAUAUGUGUGGUCACUGAUAGCUCCAGCAGUAUUUCCCGAUCGAGAUUUCUCUUAAAUACAUUAUCUUUACAUCAAGAGUGGCAAUUAGCAGUUUUUGUAAUGCUUGCAUAGGUUAGGAUUUUGUUAUAAAAUUUUCAUCUGUAGAAAGAUGACAUUGUAAGUAUCAUUUGAUACAUUGUUUUGUUCAAUAUAUUUUUAAGUUAAUUUUUUUUUAACGUCAUUAAUGAUACAUUUUUAUAUAUUAUGUAUACAUAUAUACAUAGUGAUGCAGUAGUGUAAUACUUUUUUAAAUAAGUACAGAGUUUACCAUAGAAACUAUAUGUUUGAGUCAUAAUUGUUACGAUCAUAAUUGUUUUAUGAUUAAUUACGAAUAAUGAAAAUAUGAAUUAUUUCUUGUAUUUAAUUUAAAUGUUUAAGGUAU